AUGGACUUCAUGUCCAAUGGCAGUCUGGAGGAGUGGCUGCAUCCAAAGGAAAGCACGAGUAUGAUGAGAUUGAAUCUGCUUCAGAGACUGAACAUCAGUAUAGAUGUAGCUGCCGCCAUGGACUAUCUACACCAUGAUUGUGACCCACCUGUGGCCCACUGUGAUCUGAAACCCAGCAAUGUGCUCUUGGAUGAUGAGAUGACUGCUAGUGUUGGGGACUUUGGAUUGGCCAGACUUCUCUUUCCUUCAGAGAACCAGAGUAGCACAGUCGAACUAAAGGGAUCCAUUGGCUAUAUUGCCCCAGGCAAGAAGCCCAUGGAUGACAUGUCCAAGGAUGGAUUAAACCUGAAUAAAUUUGCAACUGCAGUGUUUGAGAAUCGUGUUGUGGAAAUUGUUGAUCUGAGCCUGCUGGAAAAUGAUGAUGACUCUGAGAGAAGUAACAGCACUAGCAGCAACACCAACACAAACAGCAAUGAUCGUAUUACUGGUGGAAGUCAUGGAAACACAGACAAUGAGACAGAAAUAGAUUGGCAGAGUAGAAAAGAAGUGUGUUUGGAAGCUCUGAUAAGAAUCGGUCUUUCAUGUGCGGCAUAUUCACCGAAGGAUCGUCCCAGAAUGAGAGAAAUUCUAAUUAAAAUGCACGACAUAAAAGAAUCAUUGUUUCAGUUUGGAGGGAAAUGA